AUGGCCGUCCUUUGGUGCCCCCUGACUUCAGGGGGGCCCCCCUUUCGCCCCUCUGGGGGCCCCCAGCAGCUCCUCGGGGGCUUGCUGCUGAGGCUGGGGGGCCCCCUGCUGCGCCUAGGGGGCCCCCUCUUGCUCUCUUUUGCCCUCCCUAUGUGCCCCUUUCCUGCUGCCUCCAGCCCUCUGCAUGCAGAGGAUGGGGCCCCCCAAGGGGCCCCCGAGGGGGCCCCCCAGGGGGCACCCCGGGAGCCUGUGGGGGGCCCCCAAGGGGCCCCCCAGGGGCCCCAGGGGGCCCCCGACGGAGCCCCCAAAACGGACCCUGGGGGGGGCCCCCACUUGCUGCGUGCAGGGGGGCCCCCUGUAGGGGGGCCCCUGUCUGCAAUAGUAGCAGCAAGUGAAGAGUUUGAGGACCUUCAGAGCAGCACGGGGGGAGAGGGGCCCCACAACCCUUCUGGGGGCCCCCCAGGGGCCCCGGGGGGCCCCCUGGGGGCCCCCAGCAACUCGCCUUUGUACCUCUUAAAGGCCCUGGAGGAGGGGCCCCCCUUGGGGGCCCCCCAGCACCCCAAAGCGGAGUGGGGGCCCCUGUUUGUUGCGGGAUGUCAAGACGCGUCCGGAGGAAACAAGCAGCAGCAGCAGCAGCAGCAGCAGCAGAAGCAGCAGCAGCAGCAGUUGUUGUGGAAACAGAAGAAGAAUACCCCGACUCCAGCUCGUUUCUCGUGGGCCGCUGGGGGUGGACUACUGCUGCUGCUAGGCACUGCAGCAGCAGCAGCAGCAGCAGCAGCAGCAGCAGCAGCAGGCUGCGGCUGCCCUCCCCAGCAGACAUAUGCCCGCAUGACGUGUCAACAACAGCAAGUGGGGCCCCGCCUUGCUCUUCUCCAGCAGCAGCAGCAGCAGCAGCAGCAGCAGCAGCAGCAGCAGCAGCAGCAGCAGCAGCACUUAAAACUCUGCCAAGCCCAAGGGGCCCCUCAAGUUCGGAAGACACCUUCGAUAUAA